AGAAAAACAGCUGUUCCUCUUGUGUGAUUUUUUCUUUUCUUGGUUCUGAGUGUGCAUGUAAGCCCCAGCUCUGCUCGUCUUUUUCCUACUUUUGGCCUCUCAUGCUAUCACAGUCUGGUCUCCUUGAUGCCCUGAGAGAUGAGUUGGGCUUGUUUCUGCUCAGUUUCCCCACUCAAAGGAUGAGGCGGGAGAGGACUAUGUGAUACUUUUAUUCUGAUGAGGAGGCCACAGCCUCCUCAAAAGCAGAAACAGGCGUCGAUCUCUAAAGGAACCCUGCAACCUCCUCAGCCAUCCAGUGCUCAUUCCCCACCCUUGAGUGAGAUUUGGGGUUCCAGUCCCCUUGGUAGCUUCCCCUCCUUACCCCGAGCAUCCCGACGCCAUCAUCCUAUCCCACCUCAGGCCCAGACCAGGUACUCAGAUACUGACAGGGUGUCAGUCAAUUAGGGAUCAAUUAUGGACUUAUCCUCAGUCUCCUGACCACCCCCCCCCUUUUAAGAUCCUUGAGAGUUAUAAUAAGGCAGAAUAAAUAAUUAAAGUGUUGUGUGUGGGGGUGGAGAACCGCGAAAGAACCGCACGCUCCGCUUUUGCCCUCUUCCCUCACCCCUUUUUCCUGCUCCCCUUCUAUUGGUGGCCAAUUGCCUGUUCUCUGCUCUCUGCGACCUGGGGCAACGUGGGCGCAUCAGCCGUUGCCCUUUUAAGAGAGGCCCUGCCCACACGGAGGGGUGGGCAGGGGGCGGAGUCGGAGGAAUCGGGUAGGAACAAAGCACUCCCUGCGGGCGGCGGCUGGGCUCGGCUGGCGGGGCCGCGGGGUGCGGGGCCUGCGGGCGGCGGCCCGGGCGGAGCGUUGGAGGGAAGGAGGCGGCAUCCUCCUCUGCCGGUCCGGCCAUGAAUGGGCUGCCUUCGGCCGAGGCGCCAGGCGGCGCGGGCUGCGCCCUGACCGGUCUUCCGCCGUUACCGCGCGGCCUCAGCGGUCUUCUCAACGCGAGCGGAGGCUCGUGGAGGGAGCUGGAGCGCGUCUACAGCCAGCGCAGCCGCAUCCACGAUGAGCUGAGCCGGGCCGCCCGCGUACCGGACGGGCCCCGUAACGCCGCCGGCGCCGCCAACGCGGGAACUGCCGCGGGUCCCCCCGGCCCGCGUCGCCCUGUUAACCUCGACUCGGCGCUAGCGGCGCUGCGCAAGGAGAUGGUGGGCCUGCGGCAGCUGGACAUGUCCCUGCUGUGCCAGCUGUGGGGCCUGUAUGAGUCGAUCCAGGACUAUAAGCACCUGUGCCAAGACUUGAGCCUGUGCCAGGACCUGUCAUCCUCCCUGCAUUCAGACAGUUCCUACCCACCUGAUGCUGGCCUAUCUGAUGAUGACGAGCCUCCUGAUGCUAGCCUGCCCCCAGACCCGCCACCCCUCACUGUGCCCCAGACGCACAAUGCCCGAGACCAGUGGCUGCAGGAUGCCUUCCACAUCAGCCUCUGAAGAGCUAGGGUGGUAGGGGGCAUGUACCCAUGCAAAAGGCUCAGAAACUCACCCCUCAGCAAGUAUUCAGACUAUAGUGCCUGCUUUCCCCCAUACCACCUCACCUCACAGGAGGAGGGCAAGGCCUGGGCCCCUUGGGAGCAAAACGGCCUACCUUCUCUCUCCUGUCUUGGGUUAGCUGGCACUGGGGCAGGUACCUGGGCUACAGCCUCUGCCCAUGGCACUGGACCUUCACUUCUCCCACAUGUGUGUACUCCAGCUUGGCCGACCUUCAGUCUGGCGGUGGGGUCCAAAGCAUCUAGCACUCCCCUUGGCAUCUCUGUGACUGAGAUGAGUGCCUGGCUCCUAUCUCUUCACCUUUUGCUGCUAUUGGCAGCUGCUGGCUCAGGGGCAUCCCACCUCUGGUCCCUGGGUUCCACGGCCCUAGACAAGGGCUCUCCAGGACCCAUUCCUGCACCACCCACGGCCGGGAGGGCCAAGGCUCCGCGCUGGAUAUUUAAGUUUAGGGGCCAGCCUCCUGGGCGCAUAGAUAAAUAAAUAACUGUCUCAGCA